AUGAGAUCUGGAAGUGUCAGAGACUCCGAGUUGGAAUGGCUCGACGGCCAAUCGCCAGGAGUGAAUCAUCUCGAGCCACGUGCGACCAGGAGUGGUGUCGUCUACGAGGUCACAAAGAGCGACGUGGAUAGCGAGGACGAGAUCACCACCACGAGCAAAAGAAAGGUCAACACGAGCAAAAGAAAUGUCACCCCGAGCAAAAGACAUAUCAGCCCGAGCAAAAGACAUAUCAGGCCGAGCGAGGUGAUGGCAAGCACGAGCUACGAGCGUAUCAAUACGAGCCAUGAGGUAGUCGAUCUGACCGACGAGGAUGAAGAGGUCAUUCGAGUCAGUGUCGAGGCUGAUACAAACACGGAUAUCGCAUCACAAGACUCCAACGGAGACGAAUCACAGCCAGACGAGGAACCUGCGUCCCGCAGCUACCCAGCUGAUGGUGGUACGACCGUCGAUAGUUGGCUAGAAGAAUGGCCAGACAAAAGUCCAGAGGAAGGUGACUUGGCAGAUAUGCAACGAUACUCAACAGCAGAAGAAACGUUCGUGGUGCCAGGAGAAAGACACAGCCAAAAGUUCAGAGACAAGAAGUAUGGCAAAGCGCACUUCUGGCUACCUUCUGCUUUUGACUAUCCUCGCGGCAGACCGUACGAGAUUAUCUGCGAGAGGGUAUGGGCUUCGUGGCGUAGAUGGCGACAUGAUAGUCUGAUGAUGGAUGCUAGUCCUUCAAUCGAGCCGUUUGGUAAGAGGGAUUGGCCGAACGCCGGGCCCAAGAUGCUGAAUUUCCCUGAGCAUCGUAUACGACACAAGAAGCCACGCUCGAGUGAUUAG